AACAACGCUACUUGCGAAACGAAACGAAACGCAGUGAGUGUAAUGCGCUAAACUCUCAAGUCAAUUUUGCGUUGAAACGAGACGCCGUCGUCGUCGUCGCAGCAGCGACGUUGUGACGUCAAAAGCAGCAGCAGCAGCAGCAGCAGGAGCGUUGCCAUAUCUACUCCCGCCUGACGCCUCCCCGCAACACACACACCACACACACGCACACACACACAACUCGCAUACGAAAACAAUAUAAAGGAGCACAUACCAAAAAACCAAGUAGAAGAAGAAGAAGAAGCAGCAGCGGCGGCAGCACAACGAAUACGACAACUAGCCAUAAUACGUGUGAAAGAGCGGGAGAGACAGAUAGAGAGAGCGAGAGAAAGAGAACGUUAGCUUUGUGCGAGCAACAACUACAACUACAACUACAACAAGAACAAGAACAAGAAGAGCGACAACGUUGCAAAAGGAGCCAUAAAAAUGGAACAGCCGAGCAUACUCGUUAAAAUCCUGCAUUCAAUACCGCAUGUGAAUUACACAUUUCGUCGGGUUAAUGACACCUUCAAUCCGGAUAGCGAUGUUUACCUAGAGAGCCUGGGCAUCUUGGCCUCGAUACCCGCCGGCCUGCUGAUACUCUCGCUGCUCGGCCUGCUCCUGUAUCUGCUGACGCGCUGCUGCGAUCGCAAGCAGCGCAAGCCGAGCACCCAGCGCUGUCAGAGCUGUUCGCUGGUCAUCAUAACGCUGAUGACCUGUGCGGCCAUUGGACUAGGUUUAUAUGGCAACGAUGAUUUCCACAAUGGUCUGCUGCAGGCUUUCAGCUCCGGCAAGAAGGUGGAGAGUCUUGUGCUCAAUCUUAAACAAGAGACUGAAACCAUCAAGCGCGAUCUGGAAACGAAAAUGGCUUCGCACAACGUUGUGAAUCAGGUGGAGAGACAGCAAUACAAUCAAACCGCUGUCAUGCUGCUCAUCGAGACGUCCCGUCUGGUGCGGGAGAAUACCUCACGUGCGGUCACCUCGCUGGACAACAUGGUGCUCUACUUCAUGAAGACCAAGGGCAGCGAGAAUGAGACCUCGUUGAUGGGCAUUCUGCACCUGGGCGACCUAUACGAAUCUAUACGCUGGCCGGCCACAUUGGCCUUCCUCACUCUGCUUCUAUUCCUGUGCACCGUGCUGGUCAUCGGCGUUGCCCGUCGUUCGCGCUGCACUUUGAUUUUCUUCAGCGUUUCGGGUUUGUUCUGCAUCAUCAUCUGCUGGCUAUUGGCUGGCAUCUACUUGGCCUCUAGCGUGGCAGCCGGCGACUUUUGUAUGCGACCGCAUGAGUAUAUGUGCCGCCAGGUGGGCAUGCGCAGUCCCUAUGUCUAUUUCCUCAACUGUGGCACAUUGCGCAAUCGCUUUAUACUGCGCCUCAACGAGUCCCGGGAUCUGGUGGAACGUGCCCGUGAGAGUGUUGAAAUGAUGCAACGCAUGAGCCAGGACACGUAUCCACGCAUUGAUAUACAGCGCACGCUUAACGCCAUGGACAACGAUCUGGAGGAGACGAAACGCAAUCUGACCAAUCUUUCGGCCACGCUGGACAGACGCGCCAUCGAUCGCCACUAUGCGGAGGCGUUGCACGGCCUCUGCGGCGGCGGCCUACUCGGGCUCAGUCUGAUGAUGGUCGCCGGUCUGUUGACCUCGUUUCUGCUCACGAUACUCGUCUAUGCGGACUCGCAUGCCUGGAUUUAUCUGAGCAAGCGGCCCACAAUGGAUGGCGACAAGUCGGAGACAGCGCCGCUGUUCUCGGCCUCGAAUGCGCCAAGCGCCAGCAUUUCGCCAACGGCGCCCAUGAGCACCGGCACCAUCAAUCGGACGCUGCUGCAUCAUCAGCAGGCGCAUGGUGGUCCCAUUGGUGGCAGCGUUGCCGGCGGCGCUGGAGCCGGGCACACGGGCACGCUGCCCAGCAGCAACAGCUUGGCUGGCGGCAAUGGCGCCGGACCCUACAGGAAUGGCACAGCGGGCCUGCGACAAGGAUCGGGCCACCAUACGCUGGGUCGCCUGCCAUCGCACCACCAACAGUCGGCGUCGCAUCUGCCCGGGCCGAACAAUGGCAAAUAUGCGACGCUCAGCAAGCAGUGUAAGACGCUCGAAUCGAACGACUUCUACUGAGAUUCGCUUGCCUGCAGCACGUAUGCAGGCAAUAGCAACAACACGCAGCACAGCAGCAACAUCAAUCAGCAGCAGCAGCAACUGCAGCAGCAACAACAACAACACCACAGCAGCAGCAGCAGCAACACAUUGAAGAACAUAUUCGCAUCGGCAACGCUGCCCCGCUCCACAGGCAGCUCCAUACGCUCCGUGCUGUCCGCACAGACGGCCAAUGCCAUUUGCAAGUCGACGGGCAACGGCCUGGACGCAGCCGAUGUGCUGAUCGACGAUCGUGAUCCGCGCGAUGUCACCAACAACAGCUUCAAUCGCUUCGAUCCCAAGUACAUUAGCAUCGGGCCCAAGGCGGUGCGCGGCAACAACAAUUUGAAUAUUGUUGCGGCCGCCACGGCCAACAAGUGCGCCACGCUGCGGCAUGUGGGUCGCUAUGGUGGCUCCCUGAAGGGCGCCUCGCCGUCGCCCAACUUGCGCAGCGCCAAGACGCCAUCCAUAGCGACGGUGUCCAAGGACUAUUGCCAGCAGGCUGAGUGCAUGCCGCAGGUCUAUGCCGCUGGCUCGACGGACAUGCUGGUGCCCAGCACGACGGCGCAGGUGGUGCAGCAGCAGCAGCCACCGCCGCCACCAUCGCAACAGCAGCAGCAGCAGCAACAGCAGCAGCUGCAAAUGCAGUUGGUGGUGCAGCAGGUGGCGCCACCGCCGCCGCCGCCACAGCAGCAGCAGCUGUUGCAGCCACAGCCCGCACCACCGCCGCCACCCAAGCCAAAGAUAGUCAACACCUUUACGGAAAUACCCGGCACCACGGGCGUGGGCAGCUCCUAUGCCAAGGAGCAGCAACAGCUGCUGGCGCUGCAGCAGCAACAACAGCAGCAACUGCUCGCCUUGCAACAGCUGCAACAACAACAGCAACAGCAGCAACAGCAACAGCAGCAACAACAACAACAACAGCAGCAGCAGCAGCAUCAUCAUCAUCAUCCACCGACCACACACAUUCUGCCCCCCUCGGCCGUGUACAGCAUUGAGAGCAGCAGCGUUUACCCUGCGGCAGCAGCAGCGGCGCAGCAGGCAGCACCAACGGCGGCGCCACGCGUGCAGCGCUCCCUAAACCCAGCCUCGAUAGUCAAUCAGCCGUUGCCGGAGAUACCCGUGCAGUCGCCCACCGGCAACAGCGGCACGCCCGCCACCCAGUCAAAGAUCUCAUCUCAGCAGCCGCUGUGCGCUGCCACCUUGGGCCAGUAUCGCUCGCUGCAGCGGCCACAGGCAGCGGCACAGCAGAAGCUGCAGCUUGCCGCGCAGCAGCAGCAGCAACCGCCUUCUCUGCCUCCCAAGAAUAGGCACAAGAACUCGCGGGAUGUGAACAAUGCGAAUCAUAUGCAAACGUUGCCGCCCAAAUCUGCGAGCCUGCGCCAGCAGCAAACCGCCAGCUUUGGCUAUGAGCGCGAGCGCGACAGAGAGCGUGAGCGUGAGCGAGAGCGAGAGCGUGAGCGGGAGCGUGAGCGUGAAAGAGAUCGCGAACGGGAGCGACCACGUCGCGCCGAAACGCUGGACAAUGCGCGCAGCUACGCCGAGCAGCAGCAAUAUGGAGUCCAACCCCUGCUCAGCAGCAUGAAGAAGCAGCACUCCUACGACAGCAGUACCUACCACCACCAGCAGCAGCACCACCAGCAGCAGCAGGCGGCCUACUACCAACAGCGGCAGCACAACAACAACUAUCAUGGCACAGUGUCGAGCAGCGCCAGCAGCAAGCAUCAUCAGCAACAGUUGCUGGUGGAGCAGCAACAGGCGCUCUUGUAUCGCUCGCUGAAGCGCAGCAGCGGCGGUGGAGGUGGCGGGGGCGUGGCAGCUGGUAUUGUGACAGCGUCUGGUCAUGCCAACAGCGAUUUGUAUUCUGUGACGGAAUUGUAGGAGUGCGCCUGCUGCGGCGGCGGCGUUGAUGUGCGGCGUGCCACGAACUGUUCGACGGGCACGAGCGCAGCAUCAACGGCGCUGCACGCAGCGGCGGCGGCAGCCUCAGCCAGCACACAGACACAAACACAGACGCAAACGCAGCUCAGCCAGGCGCCCAUACCGCUGCCGCCCAAAAAGCAUCGCGCACAGCAGCAGCAGCAGCAACAGCAGCAACAGCAACAGCAGCAGCUGCCCUGCAAUGCGAAUCUGUGCGAUGAACACGAGUACGACGAGUAUUGCCCGCAGCAAUAUGAAUCGCAGCAGCAGCAUCAGCCGCAGCAGCAGAGCUCACGACAUGGCAAGCAGCAGCGCGCGGCCACCUUUGACCUGGCGGAUGCGCGCGACUACGAGCUGAAGCGUCUGGGAAAUCGACGCUCCCAGCAGCAGGCGGCCAGCAGCAAGCGAAAUGGCGCAACAGCAGCCAGCGACCAGCAGCAGCAGCAACAGCAGCAGCAGCAGGGGCAGGGGCAUCAUCAUCAUCGCACACACGACCGGGAACGUUCCCGCAGCGAUCAUCGCAUUGCCAGCUAUGCCUGCGAGGAUGCAGCUGCGGCGGCUCUGUGCAGCGCCGGCUCCAUGAGCCUGCUGCCAGCCAAUGGCAGCGCACAGCAGCAGCAGUCGCAUCGCAGCCAUCAUCAGCAACAGCAGCAGCAGCAGCAACAACAGCAACAGCAGCAGCAGCGACGGGAGAAAACAUUCAAAGUAUGAUUUUUAGAGACGUCAUAAAAAUUGCCCAGCCCGCGACAAGUUGGCUACAAACACGACGACGACGGCGGCGGCGUUGAUGUUGCUGCUGUUGCAGCUAAGCGCAGGCGACGCACGCGCUGAACAGAAGCAACAACAACAGCAACGACGACGACGACGUUGGAGCCAGCCAGCGUUGCGGAUUUUUCUAAUAAUAAGAAAAUUGCACACACACACACACACACACACACCCGCGAAAUGAAAGCUAAUUAUAUAUGAGUCCAGAAUGCACCUUUAACUUACGAUCCGCCCCCUCACCAAAACCUGCCAACCACGCCCCUGAAAUGUGUAAACGAAAAUAUUUGUAGCAAUUUGUAUUGCCGAUAUUGGCGAAGAGUUCAAUGAAAAUCGAUGCGAAAAUUUGUUCAAUUAAGUGAAAAGUGAAGGCAAGUUGUGCAGCACGUGCAACUUGCAAUAAGACAAGCCGUGCCUCAUGCAAAUGCACACACAGCACACUCACACACACACAACACACACACAACACACACAACACGCUCACACAUACUUGUACAUGCCGCGCUCCUGCCCCGCACACAAAAUGCGCCGCUCUAUUCGGUUCUCAUUCUCAUAUGUGUUACAGUUGCCAACUGCAGCAGUUGCAGCUGCAGCUGCUGCCCCAUUUAUCAAUUGAAACAUCAAAUCAAACUUUUGCUCCGUGUUGUUGCCUAUUGUUAUAUAUAAUUAACGAAAAAUUCGUUCUUUUUUUUUUUUUUAAAUAUAUUUAUAUAUAUAUAUAUUCAUCUACAUAGAUAUUAACGAUAAUUAAUCAUAAAUGUGUUUAUAUUUAAGUUUAGUGCAGUCUCGUUAAGUCCAUCUAAGCUAUAAUUAUUUAUUUAUGCAACUAAGCAAAGCCCGCCCCUUCCCCCACUCCCUGCCACCCCCUUAUCGACACACACACACACACACACACACGUAUCCCUCAAGCCCAAACAGAUACCUGAUUUGCAUUUAAAAUCAUUUUUAUAGACCCCUUUUUGUUUAUUUGAAAACAAUUUUCUU